AUUGUAAACUGUGUUUCAGUGUUCCAGUUUUCCUGGCCCCCAAAAAGAUUUCUGUCCGAAUCGGCGACCGGCUAGGCGGAAUGUGGAAUGUUUUGUCGCUCGGUUUCUGGGCCGGAGCUGCAUUCCUGGCCAGUGCAAGUUCUGCUGGUCAAAGCAGCGACCAAAAUUACGACUACAUUGUUGUAGGCAGCGGGCCUGGAGGAGGGCCGCUCGCGAGCAACCUAGCGCGGGCGGGCUACUCAGUCCUCCUCGUCGAAGCGGGGGAUGACCAAAGCGACAAUGUCAACUCGGAGAUCGCAUUUCUCUCGAGCAUCGCGUAUACAGACCCAACGCUGCGUUGGGACUUCUUCGUUCGCAACUUCGCCAACGAGACUCGGAAUCUAAAGCAUAACUACCUCACAUGGCGACGCCCCGACGGUUCAUUCUAUGUGGGCCAGGCCCCUCCAAACGGCUCUACGUUGCUUGGUAUUUACUAUCCUCGUGGCGGCACGCUGGGGGGCAGUUCUGCUGUGAAUGCCAUGGGGACAAUUUACCCGAGCGAGAGCGACUGGCAAAACGUGGUUGAUCUGACCGGCGACACGACUUGGAGCCCUUCGCAUAUGCGCGAGAUCUUCAUGCGUAUCGAGAAUAACCAUUACUUAACCCCGGGCACCCCGGGCCACGGAUUCAGCGGCUACUUGGACACGAUCAUGAGCAACGGGUCAGUGUGGGUUGGGCAGGACGAUCUCGUGUCUGUCCUCGGGACUGUUUCCGCUCAUCUCGGCCAGAACGCUAGCGAUAUCUGGAGGAACCUCCUCUCAGAUCCUAACUCGGCCGACCCCGCGCGCGACCAAACCCAGGGUAUCUUCGGUUCUCCGCUCCAUGCUGAUACUGCCUGGCGCCGCUUUAGCUCUCGCGACUACAUCCUCGAAACAGCCAACGAGGUAGAUGCCGCGGGACAGAAGAAGUACCAGCUGACUGUGCAACUCAACACGCUUGCGACGAGGGUACUCUUCGAGAAUGUCGGGCAUCCAGGUGCAGAGCCGCGGGCGAUCGGCAUCGAGUUCCUUCAAGGUCAGAGCGUCUACAGCGCGGAUCCCCGCCACAACGCAUCUAACAAGGGAACGCCCGGUCGGGCGUAUGCUCGCAAGGAGGUGAUUCUGUCUGGCGGCACAUUCAACUCUCCCCAGAUCCUGAAGCUUUCCGGGGUCGGCCCGGCAGCCGAGCUUGCCAAGUUUAACAUCAGCGUAGUUGUGGACCUGCCCGGGGUUGGCGCGAAUCUGCGCGACAACUACGAGAUACCCUUCGUCGGCCAUGCGGCCAGGGACUUCCAGCAGCCAGCACCGGACCCGAACGCCCCCGUCUGCACGUAUGGAGCGCCUGGCGACCCAUGCGUUGAUCUCUGGCGCCAAGGCAAGGGGCCAUACAUGGGCGGAUCAACGUUCAACUGCGUCUUUCGCAAGAGUGCGUAUCCCGCGUACGACGAGCGCGACUUCUUCAUGAUAGGCGGUCUUUUUGCGCUCCGUGGAUUCUUCCCGCCCACCGACUCCGUGCCAGCAGACCCGCCCAAUACAUUUGGCCUGUCAACCGUCAAGAUCAACCCGCAGAGUCGGUCCGGGACCGUGCUGUUGAGGAGCGCGGACCCAAGGGACACGCCCGAGAUCAACUUCCACCUGUUUGAGGAGGACGAUGAUGGCACGGCACUUGACCUGGCCGCCGAGUUAGACACGGUCAAAUGGGCGCGUCGUGUCUUUGGCGAUAUUCCUGCUCCGCUGGGUCCCAUUGUGCCCUCCGAACCCCCAUGUCCUGGCACGCCGGCUGCCGACGGGACGUGCGAUGACGAAUUAGACAGAGACUGGAUAAUGAACCAGAUCUGGGGCCACCAUCCUACCAGCACCUGUGCCAUCGGUGCCGACAACGACCCCAUGGCCGUGUUGGACUCUAAGUUCCGUGUCCGUGGCGUCCGCGGUCUCCGCGUUUCGGAUGCGAGCGCGUUCCCACGCGUUCCCGGGCCCUUUCCUGUCUUACCAACGUUUAUGCUUAGCGAGAAGGCGACCGAGAGCAUUUUGGAAGAUGCUGCGAAUUGGUGAACGUGCAGUGGUCGCCGUUGUAUGUACAAACAUUGAUAUCAACAUUGCCACAGUUUGAGGGGGCGAAGUCCUUCUCUUGAUGCCAAGCCCCGCUCUUGAUGCCGAUGCCGAUGGCCUGCCGAU